AUGAAGUUCCUCUGGGGAACGUUAGUAGCUCUUUCAGCCCUUUCAGCCACUCUGGCCGCCGAGACCACCCAUGCCCCGGGUAGCUUCAGCUACAACCGUACCGACUUCCUCCUCAAUGGCCAGCCAUUCCAGAUCAUCGGCGGGCAGAUGGACCCCCAGCGCAUUCUGCCCGAGUACUGGACGCACCGGCUCAAGAUGGCGCGCGCUAUGGGGCUCAACACCAUCUUCAGCUACCUCUACUGGAACCUGCACGAGCCGCGGCCCGGCGCCUGGGACUUUUCCGGGCGCAACGACGUGGCGCGCUUCUUCCGCCUGGCACAGCAGGAGGGCCUCCGGGUUGUGCUGCGGCCCGGUCCGUACAUUUGCGGCGAGCGCGACUGGGGCGGCUUCCCGGCAUGGCUGAGCCAGGUCCCGGGCAUGGCGGUGCGCCAGAACAACAGGCCGUUCCUGGACGCGGCCAAGUCCUACAUUGACCGUCUCGGCAAGGAACUGGGCCAGCUGCAGAUCACGCAAGGCGGGCCCAUUUUGAUGGCGCAGCUGGAGAAUGAGUAUGGCAGCUUCGGCACGGACAAGACGUACCUGGCCGCGCUCGCGGCCAUGCUGCGCGAAAACUUUGACGUCUUCCUGUACACCAACGACGGCGGCGGCCAGUCGUACCUCGAGGGCGGGCAGCUGCACGGCGUGCUGGCCGUCAUCGACGGCGACUCGCAGUCCGGCUUCGCCGCGCGCGACAAGUACGUGACGGACCCGACGAGCCUCGGCCCGCAGCUCAACGGCGAGUACUACAUCAGCUGGAUCGACCAGUGGGGGAGCGACUACCCGCACCAGCAAAUCGCCGGCUCGCAGGCCGACGUGGCCAAGGCCGUCGCCGACCUGGACUGGACCCUGGCCGGCGGGUACUCGUUUAGCAUCUACAUGUUCCACGGGGGCACCAACUUUGGCUUCGAAAACGGCGGCAUCCGUGACGACGGCCCGCUCGCCGCCAUGACCACCAGCUACGACUAUGGCGCGCCGCUCGACGAGAGCGGCCGGCCCACAGACGUCUACUUUCGCCUGCGGGACAUGAUCCAGAAGUACGUGCCAAAGGGCAGCAUUCCUAGCGUGCCCGCGAUGCCGGCCCGCGCCGCGGUCCCGGAGUUCCAGCUCCGGCCCGCCGCGGCCCUGUUUGACCUGCAAGGCAGGCCGACGCGGCAGGCCAGCGACCCUGUGAGCAUGGACGCGCUGGGGCAGGCGUAUGGGUACGUGCUGUACCAGCACACCGUGGCCACGGACGUCGCGGGCAACGUCACGAUUGGCGACGGCGCCCGUGACCGGGCCAUCAUCUACGUCAACGGCGUGCGCUCCGGCGUCGUCGACACCAUUUACAAGACGCCGUCUACCGUGAGCGUUACGCUGCGCAAGGGAGACAAGCUGCAGAUCCUGGUCGAGAACCUCGGUCGCGUCGACGUGCGGCAGCGUCUCCGCGAGCAGGUCAAGGGCAUCGUCGGGCACGUGUCGGUCGGCGGCACCGUGCUCACCAACUGGUGCAUGCACUCGAUCCCGCUCGACACACUGCCAGCCGGCCUGGACGGCAAGAAGACGCACGUGGUUCGGCAGAAGGACGGGCCUGUCUUUUACACGGGCUCGUUUGACAUGCCGGCCGGAGCGGCGGCGGACCCGAGCGGCGACACGUUUCUGGCGGUGCCCAAGGGCAUCAAGGGCGUCUUGUGGGUGAAUGGCGUGAACAUGGGACGGUACUGGACGGUUGGGCCGCAGCAGAGCCUGUACGUGCCGGGGAGUAUCUUGAAGGCGAGGAACAAGGUGGUCCUUCUUGAGUUGGAGCCACAGCCGGACGUGAAGCUUUCUGCGCAAGGUAUUCCGGAGAGGAAAUGGUUCAACAAUGCUGACCCCGAUGCGCCGUAA